AGCACGUUGAAAACUUUAAUUAGUCAAAAGGUUCUUGCAUCCAACCAGCACAACAAAAAAUCAUAUCUGAAUUUGCAGAAGGAUGGCAUCUUUUGACGACAGCAUAGCCGACGGAUACAGCGCUGCACAACUUUUCGGGCAGGGCUCAACCUACACAUAUGACGAUGUCAUCUUUCUGCCUGGUCACAUCGACUUUGGAGCUCACGAGGUGGACCUCACAACAAACCUCACAAAGAAACUGCGCCUGUCAACCCCAAUCGUGAGCUCCCCAAUGGACACCGUCACAGAAGCGGAGAUGGCGAUCACAAUGGCCAUGAUGGGCGGGCUGGGGUUUCUGCACUACAACAUGAAGUUGGAGGAGCAGGUGGCGCAGGCGCAGAAGGUGAAGCGGCAUGUGCCGGGCUUUGUCAUGACGCCGACAGUUCUGCAGUCAAGCAACACCAUCGCCGACUUUGAGGCGCUCAAGGCAUCCAGAGGGGUGUCGAGCGUUUGCAUCACAGAAGAUGGGCGUGUGGGCAGCAGGCUUGUGGGCAUUGUGACAGCCAGGGACACAGACUUUGUGAACGACAGACUGACGCAGCUGGGAGAGCUUAUGACACGGGAUGUGGAGACCCUGUCAGAUGAUGUGAGCGCAGAGAAGGCGAUGGAGGCGCUGAAGAGCAGCAAGCGGAAGAGUCUGCCGGUGGUGGAUUCCAAUGGCAACCUGGUGCGGCUGGCGUCAAGGGCGGUGUGCCUGGAGGAGGCGCGGAUGCCGCGGCGGGGGGCGGCCAGCACGGGGCCGGACGGGCGCCUGCUGGUGGGCGCGGCCGUGGGAACGCGCGACGACGACCGCCGCCGCGUCGACGCCCUUGUGGCCGCCACCGCCGUCGACGCCGUCAUCUUGGACUCCAGCCAGGGCGACUCGACGUACCAGCUGGACAUGCUGGCAUACCUGAAGCGCGCACACCCGGAUCUGCAGGUGGUCUGCGGCAACGUGGUGACCAGCGGCCAGGCGCGGCGGCUGAUCCAGGGCGGCGCUGACGCUCUGCGUAUCGGCAUGGGCUCCGGGUCCAUCUGCACCACCCAAGAGGUGUGCGCAGUGGGUCGGGGCCAGGCGGCAGCAGUGUGGCAGGUGUCACGGCUGGCGGCCAGCUUGGGAGUGCCCACAAUAGCCGAUGGGGGCGUGCAGAACUCGGGUCACAUUGUGAAGGCGCUCGCGCUCGGGGCCUCCACCGUCAUGUGUGGCUCCCUCUUCGCCGGCACCUCCGAGGCCCCCGGCGAGUAUUUUGUGGUGGAUGGUGUACGCGUGAAGCAGUACCGGGGCAUGGGCAGCCUGGAGGCGAUGGCCAAGGGCAGCGAGGCGCGCUACCACAGCGACACCCAGAACCUCAAGAUCGCGCAGGGCGUCUCCGGCACCGUCCGCGACAAGGGCUCCAUCAGGAAGACGGUGCCCUUCCUGAUGCAGGCGGUGCGGCAGGGGUUCCAGGACUUGGGCUCGCGAAGUAUACCGGCUGCGCACGCUGCGCUGGCCGGCGGGGUCAUGCGCGUCGAGGCGCGCUCCACCGCUGCGCAGGCCGAGGGUGGCAUCCACGACAUGCACUCCUUCAACAAAGUGCGCUGGUAG